AUGACUACAAGUGAUAUAAAUCUAGAAAAAAGUUUAAAUAUUAAACAAAAAAACGUAAACAGACAAACUGGACUAUCUCCCAUUUUGCAUCAUCCAAAACAACAGGCCGAUCCACUAAUUCCACAUACUUUCAAGGAAUGCGGUUUACAUGCAUGGCUUAUUGAAACACUCAAAAAAGUCUCCAUCAAAAAACCAACAGCUAUUCAAGCUACAUGUAUUGGACCUAUUUUGGAAGGACAAAAUUGCAUAGGAAGUGCCAAAACAGGCUCAGGAAAAACAAUGGCUUUUACAUUACCAAUUAUCCAAAUAUUAUCUCAAGACCCAUAUGGAGUAUUUGCUUUAAUUUUAACACCUACAAGAGAAUUAGCUUUACAGAUUUCAGAUCAGUUAGCUAUUAUAGGUACUUCGAUAAAUUUAAAACAUACUACUAUUAUUGGAGGUGUAGAUAUGAUAACACAAGCGUUGAUACUAGUAAAACGCCCACAUAUUGUUAUUGCAACACCAGGACGCCUUGCAGAUCAUAUAAGAAGUAGCGGACAAGAAACUAUUAAUGCUUUUAAACGGGUCCGAUUCUUAGUGUUAGAUGAAGCGGAUCGACUGUUAACUCCAAAUUUUUCCAAAGAUAUGCAAGAAUGCAUACGUAUUUUACCAAAAGCAGAGAAUCGACAAACUUUAUUAUUCACAGCAACUAUUACCGAUGCAAUAAGAAAGCUACAAACUCAAUCAUCAGAAUCAGGAAAAAAACCAUUGUUCUUAUAUAAUGUUAUAAAAUCAAGUGUUACAAUUCCUUCCUCUCUAAUUCAAACAUAUAUAUUUAUUCCUUCACAUGUAAAAGAAACAUAUCUCUACCGCAUUUUCAAUACACAAGAAUACAAAGAAAAAUCAACAAUCGUUUUUACAAAUAGAACUAGAACAGCCGAACUACUUUGCAGAAUGUUCUGUAUAUUAGAAUUAAAAGUUACAGCAUUGCACUCUGAAAUGCCACAAAAAAAACGAAUCCAAUCUCUUGAAAGAUUUAAAGCAGAAGCAAGCAAAAUUCUAAUUGCUACAGACGUUGCUAGUCGCGGUUUAGAUAUCCCAUUUGUUAAACUCAUUAUAAAUUACGAUGUUCCUAAAGAUCCAAAUGAUUAUAUUCACAGAGUAGGGAGAACAGCCCGUGCAGAAAAAUCAGGAGAAAGUAUUACAUUUGUUUCCCAAAGAGAUAUUUUACUUAUUCAAGCAAUUGAAAAACACAUAAGUACCAGAAUGGAAAAAAAUUCAUAUAUUAGUGAUUUCAAAGUAACUCAAGAAUUAAACACAGUAUCUUCUGCUAAAAUAGAAGCAGAAAUAAGUAUGACUAAUUUUGGUAAAUUAAGAGAAAAUAAUAAACGUAAACAUGGUGAUUUUAAUGAAUAA